AUGACUGGACGCGCUGGGAUGAUCCCCUUGGGUGUCCGAAACCUUGUCAACCUCGCCGACCAAGAGCUAGGGGAGAACAAACUGCAUGGUCCUAUUCAAGAGGGGAUUGGGAGAAUUAAGAACCUGCAAACAUUGUUGCUUGAAGAGAAUGACCUCUCCGGACAUAUACCAUUGUCUUUCGGCAACCUCACACUGCUCCAGAAUUUCUCCAUGUCGAACAAUAGAAUCCACGGCCCCAUUCCUAAAAGCCAUGGAAACUUGCAGCAGUUACCUAGCCUGGACUUGUCCUCUAAUCUACUUACUGAGGUUUUCCCUGAUGAGAUCUUUAGCCUUCCUUUGUUGACAGAUUUUCUAUCUCUGUCCAAUAACUAUCUGUCGGGUGUUCUUCCUCCACAAGUUGGAAAGCUGAAAAACAUUGCAAGUUUGGGUCUGUCAAAAAAUAACUUGUCAGGGGAAAUACCAGGGAUUAUCCCGCCAUUACUUGGUAAUUUGAGAGGCCUGAGCAGACUAAAUCUCACAAAGAAUGAUCUGUCCAGCAGUACCCCACGAGAGUUGGCGAGAAUCAAUGGGUUGCAGCAGCUAUACCUGGCAGAAAAUAACCUGUCCGGGGGCAUUCAACAACUUUUUCAGAACUUGGGUGCUUUGAUUGAACUGGACCUCUCCUUUAACCAUCUGGACGGUGAGGUGCCUUUAAACGGCGUGUUCGCGAACAUGACUCGAUUCUCAAUAGUUGGUAACAGUGGGCUUUGCGGUGGCAUUCCAGAACUGAAAUUGCCUCCAUGCCAGGCGGAAAAUGACAGUGGACAGGAUGAAAAUUGCUGGCCUCGAUGGUUGCAUCCAAGAACAGACGAGCCGUGGCACAAGUUGAGUAUUGUCCGCCUACUGACCAUAGGGGUCGAUGUUGCAGAUGCACCAGACUAUCUUCACAGCAAUAGUCCGCCAUUAGUAAUCCAAUGCGAUUUGAAGCCUCGCAACAUCCUCCUUGACAGUGACUGGACUGCAAAGGUUGCCAACUUUGGGCUUUCAGAAAUCAUCGACCCGACUCUGCUAAAGGUCCAGCCAUACGACGAUGAUGAUACGAGGUUGAACAAUGCAUUAGUUUGCUUAGCUUCUGUUGCAAGAGUCGGCAUCUUGUGCUCAAAGGAAACACCAUCUGAGAGAAUGAACAUGAAAUAUGUUGCCGCAGAACUCCACAGUAUCAGAGACAGAAUCAAAGGUGCGGCGAUGGAAUCCUCUUCCCCACAAAAGAAAAUGGAAUCCUCACAAGGAAUGCCCUUAGUGUAA